CCUAGUGACUGACUAGUGAGUGCGGUCGUGCCGCGUUCAUUGCGAUAGUUCGGAUAUAUGCUCGAUAGUGAUUGAUAAAAGUAUUAUUUGAAAUCGAAAUCGGAUUGAUCUAAACUAUACAGACAACUGAUCCAAAGAACUAUGGCCCCUAAAAGGACAUCAAUAGUGUGGAAAUUCUUUAAUAAAAAUUCCAAUGAUUUGGCCAUGUGUAUUCUGUGUAAAAAGGAAAUCAGACAUAACAGCUCUACAACCAACUUGAGGGACCAUUUACACAGGAAGCACCCAGAAUGUUUAUCUUUGAAGCUACAAGAUGAUGGGACUGAAAUUGUUGUAAUAAAUCCUAAUGCAUCAGUAAAUGCAUCAAUGGGUUCUAUAGAUGUGGCAGUUGAAACAAGAAAGAAGUUUUUGGAUAAAAAAACGUCUCCGCUUUGGCAGUAUUUUACUUUGAUUGAUUCAAUUGUUGCCAUCUGCAAGUUAUGCUCUAAAGAAAUUAGAUACCAUUGCUCUACUAGUAAUCUUAGGGCACAUCUUAGUAGAAAGCACCCUGAUAAAAUUGGAAAUAUUGAACAAGAAAAGUUAGAAGACGAGUUUGCUCAAACUAUAGAAUUUGAUGCUCUGACAAAUGGAAAUGCAGGUGAAACUUCAGGUGGGGAGCAGCAAGUGAUAUACAAAAUGCCGGAGGAAAAACAGGUGUUUAACUAUAACAAGUUAGUUGUUCCGAUGUCAAUGAGAAGUGUCUAUUGGAAGUGUUUCGGAUUCCCAGCUAAUGCCGAUGGAGAAGUUCUUACAAAAUCCAAAAUAAUAUGCCUACUCUGCAAGAGUGUUAUAUCAUACAACAGAAAUACAAGCAACCUGAGAAUGCAUUUACAGAACAAACAUCAAGCUGACUUAAUGCAAUUAGAACACUCGCAGUCUCCCAAGAAGCCGAGGGAGACCAAAGAUAGGAGGCAAAAGAAAGUGGUCGGCAAUGUUUUCAUGACUGAUAUGAAUGGUACUCUGGUAAUCGGAGGUGAGAGUAAUGAGAACGCCAACUCUAGUAUCAUGGAGGACUACCAUGCUGCAAACUCUCUGGGAAAUGAGGGUGGUUCAUCACAGCAGAUUCAUAGAUCAGGCAAACAAGUGACUCUAGUGGUGCCUGGAGGAGAGACUCAGAGUUGCACCAUUGAGAGCCUGCAUCCGUUCAUGAUCCCUGUAGACAGCAAGAGUGUGUGUGAUGCCAUCGCAGAGUUUGUGGUGACAGACCUACAGUUGCCGGAGAUAGUAGAGGGCCGAGGUUUCCAAAGGCUCAUUGCCACACUCAAGUCGCCUUGUGAGAUCCCCAGCAAAAGCAAGCUGAUGGAUGAGGUCAUUCCCACUAACUACGACAAGUACAAGGAGACGCUUCAGGAGACGUUGCUGAAUCUGAAGACAGAUGUUGCCCUCACUGUGGAGGAGUGGGACUCUGCCAUAGGGGAAAGCUACAUCACCUUCUCUGUUUGUUAUCAGCAGGAGAAUGAGCAGAACUUGGUGAGCAGAGUGUUGUCCACAGUGCGUUGUCCGGUCACCUGUGACAUUGACUUCUGGAACCUUAUUGUGGACAACAUGUUGGAGGAGUGGAAUGUGAAGGAAGAGAAGGUGCGUGCGGUCGUGUGUAACGGUAGUAGGUCUCAGAUCACCGACACUUUCACAGCCAAGGGGUUCACAGUGCUACCUUGCUUGAUGAGCACUUUACAGGAUGUGUGCAGCAAAGUUUGUUUUGAGCAAGAUGAUGUCAGAGAAAUUUUAACCAAGUGUCGAGCAUACAUUGGUACAGUUUACAAGUACAACAACGCCCUAGCAGCUCUCAGGAUUCAGGAUCAUCUCAUGUCGUUGGAAGAGACACCUCUCUUAUGCGACUACCCCAAAGUGUGGAUCUCCACUUAUCAGAUGCUAGAGAACUUCAUAGCCCGUCGCCAAGUGUUGUCAUCCAUACUGGACAACAUAGAGUCUGCUACACUGGACAGAGAAGCUAUAACAUUGUCCGAGGGAGACUGGGCGUUGAUGGCGGACGUGGUGGAGGUACUAGAGCCAUUUAAGGUCACAGCAAUGACUUUAAGUGAGGAAAAAGCACCCUUGGUCUCACUCAUCAAACCUUUGUUGUCGCAACUACUGAACUCGCAUCUGAAAGAAAAGGCUGAUGAUUCAAUGAACGCUCAAGUCUUCAAAGGAGCUUUAAAAACGUUUCUCUCAGAAAAGUACCAGGAGCCAGCAGUAGACCAGCUACUCCAGAUUGCCACCACCAUGGACCCAAGAUUCAAGUCACUACCAAACACGACAGAAGAGAGUCGCAACUUGCUGGGAGGCCCCAUCAAAGAGGCUCUUGCAUCACUUAUUGAGAACACACCUCAAGAGAUCAAACCUGCUGAAGACUCACCUCCAGAGAAAAAGAAAUCAAGGCUAUCAGGGAUGAUGAUGCUGUUGGGAGAGGUGAACACAUCGAGUGGAAGCUGCUCAGAGAUGACGGCUGUGGACCGAGCCAGUCUAGAGAUCAUACAGUACCAGUCGGAGCAGACAGCCUCACUAGACCAGUGUCCUGUAGUGUGGUGGGGCAGAGUAGCUGCCAAGUGUCCCUGGCUAGCUAGACUGUCACAUCACUACAUGUGCAUCCCAGCCACAGCCUUACCUCCAGCACGUCUCACCAUGGAGGCCCAGGUGACAUAUGACGUGCGACGUGGCAACCUCACACCUGAGAUUAUAGACAGACUCAUCUUCCUCAACUCAUCUAGUCAUUAGACACAUGCUAGCUAGGGUAUAUCACACCAGUGUUGAUUUGUUUGCAAAUUGCCUAGUUUUUUUGUUUUCUUUUAGAAUGAAGUGGUCUUUUGUUUCUAAAGAGGAUUAAGAAAGGAUGCUUCAAUAUUAGGUUUUGUGUAAUAAUACUGAUUCUUUAAUUCUGCCUUUUCUAUGUAUCCCAAUCAACAGAGAUUAUCAAAAAUGUGUUUUUUCUAUUACUAAUUCUUACACAAUUAUCAUUUCUUUAACAUAGCCUACAUUUUUAUAAUGUUACUUUUAUCAUUCAAAAGUAAUGUCAUAUGUCAUAGUACUACUUUGGUGCAGUAUACUCUAGUUUGUUGUAAAUACAAAAAAUGUAUAUUUUUACUUUUUAGUUUUUAGUCUACUGUUCUGAAAAUAGGGGUUGUAAAAUUUAACCUGUAAUAUUUUAGAUCAUGUAUUAAUGAUAGAUUGAAUUAG